AUGUCCAGCACCCAAGGCCACUCCAACGUCGGCUUCCGCGGCGUCUACGAAUCACAAAACCAGCGGCACUACACGCAAGAAGAGAUGGACGAGAUGGCGAAACACACGGGGGAGAAUGUGAGGGGGUUCAUGCCGAGUAUGCUACUCCCAACCCUGGUACCAGACCCCGAGUCCCACCCAGAACAGCUAACUCAAAGCCAACAGAGGGCCAGACGGAGGAACUCAACCGGCUCCAGACAGAAGAGAAAACAGGCGGAGAGCCUGAAGAAGGAUCCCACCCUCGCCGCAACGCUCCAUGGCAACGCGCCGGCCAAGGGCGCAAUCAUUGACAAAGAACUGCAAGAGGAGGAUGAGGCUGCGUUGAGGAGGAAGAGUGAUUCGCUGCCGGGGAAGAAAUAUUGA